AUGUACAACCGUUCUCGUCUUCAAGCAGAAGGUCGGGCUAAGGUCGUGUUGCGUAACACUAAGAACAGCAAGAAGUACAGAGUCAACUUCAUCGUUGUUAAGGAGAACUUAGUACCACUCCUGAGCGGUCCAGCUGCACAACAGAUGAAAUUCAUAACUGUACAUUAUGAGAACUUCAACCAGGUCUGUGCUGUAAGCCCUGAAAACAUCUUAGAGAGUUUCAGUGACAUCUUUGACGAGCAAACUCCUGGAAAACUACCUGGCAAGGUCAAGUUGGUGACCAGGGAAGAAGUGACCCCAACACAGUGUAACGCCAAACCAGUACCAGUUGCAAUGAAGCAGAGAGUCAAGGAUGGACUUGCUAAAUUGGUUGACCAAGACAUCUUGAUAAAGGUUGAGGAACCAACCCCAUGGUGUAGCAGACUGGUCGUUAUUGAGAAGAAAGACAAGAAUGAAUUGAGGUUUUGCAUUGACCCAAGACCCCUCAACAAAGCCUUGCAAAGGGAAAUACACAGAUUGCCAGUCAUGGAAGACAUUCUCCCGGAGCUGUCAAAGGCUAAGAUCUUUUCCAAGUUUGAUUUGAGAUCAGGCUACCUCCACUGUGAGCUUGAUGAUGAGAGUAGCUUCCUUACAACAAUGAACACCCCGUUCGGGAGAUAUAGAUGGAAAAGACUACCCUUUGGUCUGAAUGCGUCAGCGGAAAUAUUCCAAAAGAAGCUACAACAGGCUUUGGAUGGCCUUGAUGGAAUUGAAGAGCAAGCAGAGAAGGACCAUGAUCGUAAGCUAGAAGCUCUGCUCCAGAGAUGCAGAGAUAAAGGUAUCAAACUCAACCAGAAGAAAUCUGUGCGGAAGGCUACAAGCAUUCCAUUUCUAGGACACAUAGUGACAGACAAGGGACUGAAGGUAGAUCCUGAAAAGGUCAAAGCAAUUCUAGUGAUGCCCAACCCUUCUGACCCUACGGAAGUGCAACGCCUACAAGGCAGCGUCAACUACCUCGCAAGGUUUCUACCUAUGCUGUCCGAUAUGUUUGAGCCGUUGAGACGACUAACACAUAAGGAUGCCGAUUGGGAAUGGACAUCAGAGCACGAGAGGGCAAUGUCAAGAGUGAAGGAAUCUUUGACCAGGGCACCUGUCCUAGCAUAUUACUCACCAGACCUACCACUGACCAUCCAGUGUGAUGCAAGCAAGUCAGGGCUCGGAGCAGUACUUCUCCAGAAGGGACAACCGUUGUCCUACGUUAGCAGAGCUCUAACAGCAACUGAACAGAGGUACGCCCAGAUCGAGAAAGAGGCACUUGCCAUAUGUUUCGCUCUCGAACGAUUCCACCAAUAUACCUUUGGACAAAGGGUCAUAGUCGAGAGUGACCAUAAACCUUUACAGGCGAUCGUCAAGAAACCUCUCCAUAAGGCACCAAGACGCCUUCAAGGAAUGUUAAUGAGGAUGUUGCACUACGACAUCGACAUCACCUGGGUAAAGGGACAGGACAUGCAUCUGGCUGACAUGCUGUCAAGAGCUUACCUACCCACCACUGUAGGAGCCACUGAAUUUGGUGAGGUGAACAUCGUUGAAACCCUGAGUAUGGGAGAGGAGAGGGUUAAACAACUGCAAUCUCAUACUAACAAUGAUGAGGUUCUACAGACCGUCAAGAAGGUCAUCCACAAAGGUUGGCCGGAACAAAAAGCAGAAGUACCCGAAGCGGCUAAGUCAUACUUCAAUAUCCGAGACGAGCUAAGCGUGCAAGAUGGACUAGUAUUCAGGGGAGAAAGAGUAGUCAUCCCCAUAACCCUCCGCAAGGAAAUGAAGGAAACUCUUCACACUUCUCAUCUUGGAAUUGAAGGGACCCUUAGAAGGGCCAGAGAAAUCAUCUAUUGGCCUGGGAUGAACGCGGAUGUCAAGCAGUUUAUCCAGACAUGUGAAGCCUGCAGAAUGUACGAGCAGCAGAACCAGAAGGAAACCCUCAUGCCACACGACAUCCCAGACAGGCCAUGGGAGAAAGUAGGUACCGACCUGUUCGAACUUAACAAGAAACACUACCUCGUUACCGUCGACUACCUUUCCAACUUCUGGGAAAUCGACAGACUGUAUGACCUUGCCAGUCGGGCAGUAAUCGGGAAACUGAAGAGCCACUUCGCUCGAUAUGGCAUCCCGAGCACUGUAAUCAGUGACAAUGGACCACAGUACUCAUCCGAAGAUUUCGCGAAGUUCUCUAAAAGAUGGCAGUUUGAUCACGUCACAAUCUCCCCAAGACACAGCCAGGCAAAUGGGAAGGUAGAAGCUGCAGUGAAGGCUGCAAAGAGACUCCUCAAGAAAACAUCACAGUCUAAGGGUGACGCCUACCUAGCAAUGCUAGAACUCCGAAAUACCCCAAACCAAGGUGUUGACAGUAGCCCAGCGCAAAGGCUUCAUGGACGGAGGACGAGAACACUACUUCCCACUUCAUCCAGUCUCCUGAAACCAAGAGGUGCAGAGGUUCUCAGUGAAGACAGGAAAAAGCUUAAAAUGCUACAACGUAAGCAGUCGGAACGCUACAACUUACAUGCCAAAGAUCUGCCGACCUUAGUAGAAGGAGAUAUCGUACGUCUCAAGCCAUACAAAUCAGGAAGCACAGUUUGGCAAAGAGCAGUGGUAAAUAGACGGCUCGACGAGAGGUCCUACGAGGUGGAGACCGACUCUGGAUUACUCCUCAGAAGAAACAGGGUCGACCUCAAGAGAACUGAAGAACCCCCACCAAACACUGAGGAAGAUCAACAGAAAACAAUUUCUGAGAAGCCACAGCCACAACCACGUGCUCAUGGGACUGAAAGGAAAGAGGCGUAUCUACCAUCUAACACUGUCAUGACUAAACACCCUCAAAGUACUCAAAAUCACGUGAAAGAAAACAAACCUCAGAGAACACAAAAUACUCGAACAGAACAGGUAGACAAAAAUGACACUCAGUCUUUCCUAAAGACCAGAUCUGGUAGAGUAAGCAAGCCACCCCAAAGAUUUGGUGACUAUGUUGACAAGUAA